AUGGUGCGCAACAUCGUCGUUUUCUCCGGCUCCUCCCACCCUGGCCUCACCGAAACAAUCUGCACACACCUCGGUAUUCCGCCGGCACGGAUACAUCUCUCCAAAUUCAGCGUCGGGGAGACUCGGGUGGAGAUCGGCGAGAGCGUGCGGGAGAAAGAUGUCUUUAUCGUGCAGAGUGGGGGAGGAAUGGUGAACGACCACCUGAUGGAGCUUCUCAUCACCAUCCAGGCGUGCAAGACGGCUAGCGCCAGGAGGGUCACUGCAAUUCUCCCCCUCUUCCCCUACAGCAGACAACCUGACCUGCCCUACAACAAGGUCGGAGCCCCACUCGCACGUAUGCCUGCAAAGAUCGCAGUGAACGGCGAGAACUACACCUUUGACACCGUGCCCGGCACGCCCACUCCUGCUUCCGACUCUCCCGGAAAUGCCAACCAGAACAGCAAUACCCCGCAGCAUCUGCACAAGAAGCUGAAUGGCCUCAGCCCGUCAAAAGGGAACAAUGGAGAGCCGAAGACGCCGCGGCGGAAAGACACGCUGGAUAGUGUCCAGUCUGACGUCUCAGCCACGACCAUGACCGGCGGCGCCUACUUUGACGAACACGAGCAAAACUCCGGGCGCACCCAUACGAGCAACGGCGCGGCAUUGCACAACUCCAACCCCCCCGACUUCAAACCACAGCGCGGAUACCGCCAAUGGGUGGCUCAGGCGGGCACACUUGUCGCCGAUCUCCUGACAUGCGCCGGCGCGGACCAUGUUAUCACCAUGGACCUCCACGAUCCGCAGUACCAGGGCUUCUUCGACAUUCCCGUUGACAACCUCUACGGCCGACACCUGCUGCGCAAGUACAUCCAGCACCAAAUUCUGCCGGCGCACGGGGGUAUUGAGGGAUGCGUGAUUGUGAGUCCAGAUGCUGGUGGAGCGAAGCGUGCGACGAACAUUGCGGAUUCUCUCGGCAUGGACUUCGCGCUCAUCCACAAGGAACGCCGCCCUACUCAACUCUCCGACCGACAAAACGCAUCUCUCCUUCUCGUGGGCCACGUGAACAAUCGGUGUGCGGUUCUGAUCGAUGACUUGGCCGACACAUCCAACACCAUCACGCGAGCGGCCAAACUUCUGAAGAGAAGUGGUGCAAGCUGUGUAUACGCUCUCGUCACCCAUGGCGUCUUCUCUGGCGAUGCUAUCGAUCGCAUCAAUGCCUCUCACUUGGACAAGGUGGUUGUGACGAACAGCGUGCCACAAGACCAACACCUUGCCCGUUGCGAGAAGUUGGAGGUGCUGGAGGUGGGCAAUGUCUUCGCGGAGGCGAUUCGACGGGUUCAUCACGGUGAAAGUAUCAGCGUGUUGUUCCAGUACGAUUGA